GUUUUCGGAAAUUAUGGAUUGAAUGGAGAAAAAAAUUAAAAAAUCUCUGAACCCUAAACAGAUAAACCCUAUUUACAACAGUAGCAUUUAUAAUAUCACGAAUCGUAUAGCGAUUAAUAGAUUUUUGAUUCCCCAUCUGGACUCUUAACUCAGUGUUCAUUCUUUCUGUUUCACUCUUUACAAUUUAUUGUGGAUUGAGAUGACUUCACUUUCAGAACUCAACGACGAUAUAGUUCGUAGCAUGUCAAUCGGAGCCGUCUUCUCGGAUUUCGGUGGAAAAAUUAAUUCCAUUGAUUUUCAUAGGACUGCUGAUUUAUUAGUAACAGCUAGUGACGACAAUUCAGUGCGACUUUAUGACAUCAUGAGUGCCAAGUUGCUGAAAACAACUUAUCACACGAAGCAUGGAGCUGAUAGGAUAUGCUUUACUCACCACCAAAGUUCUGUUAUUUGUUCUUCAAGGCACAAUUUGGAUUCUGAUGGAGAAAUAUUGCGGUAUCUAUCUAUGUAUGACAAUAGGUGCCUUCGUUACUUUAAGGGUCACAAAGAGAGGGUUGUGUCUCUCUGCAUGUCUCCAGUCAAUGACAGCUUCAUGUCUGGUUCACUUGACCAUAGCAUCCGGAUAUGGGAUGUUCGCGUAAAUGCCUGUCAGGGAAUUUUACAUCUACGAGGUAGGCCUACUGUUGCUUAUGAUCAACAAGGCCUUGUCUUUGCUGUGGCUAUGGAAGGAGGUGCCAUCAAAUUAUUUGAUUCUAGAUCAUACGACAAGGGUCCCUUUGAUACUUUUCUAGUUGGUGGAGAUACCGCCGAGGUCAGUGAUAUUAAAUUCAGCAAUGAUGGUAAAUCAAUGCUUUUGACAACAACAAACAACAAUAUUUACAUCCUCGAUGCAUAUGCAGGAGAGAAGAAAUGUGGGUUUAGUGUGGAUCCUUCAUCAGAAACGACAAUAGAGGCAACGUUUACCCCUGAUGGUCAAUAUGUGGUUUCUGGUUCUGGGGAUGGAAAUUUGCAUGCAUGGAGAAUCGAUACACCAGACAAGGUGGCAUCCUGGGAUAGCUACAUAGGUGUCGCAUCUUGCCUAAAAUGGGCACCUCGUAGAGUCAUGUUCGCUGCUGCAUCUUCGGUACUCACCUUUUGGAUACCGAACAACAGCAAGACAACUGCAGAACUUGGAACUUUGCAUCCCGAAAUGGGAGUUCAACCCGAGCAAAUUACUCAAAUGAAAUCUUAGUCAUUUGUUUUAUUCAGUUUUUUACUCUUUUGGUUUUGCAUACUCUUCUUCUUAAUUGUGCUUUCUCCUUUUCUUCCGCUUCGACUAGGAGUCUUUUUUGGGUGAUUUCUCUGCUUGAUCUCAUGACUUUAGAACUUGAAUUCCUAAAGAGUCAUUGUUCAUACAUCAAGAGAAAUCCCAGCUCAGUACUUAAAUUGGUUAAGUUAAUAAACUCGGAUUGUCAGGCAAAUUUUUUCCUAUAGAACUCUUUUAAUGGUCAAAGCAAAAAUUGGUACCUUUAAAGAUUUCA